AACUGGCGGGAUAUCAAAGACUGGCACAUCGGGCUGGACUCCGGGCAGCGGCACAUCGGGCUGGACUCCGGGCAGCGGCACAUCGGGCUGGACUCCGGGCAGAGGCACAUCGGGCUGGACUCCGGGCAGAGGCACAUCGGGCUGGACUCCGGGCAGAGGCACAGGGCCCCAGGAGGAGCGGCAGGCACCGGGCCCCCAGGAGAAGCGCGGCAGGCACUGGGGCCCCCAGGCGGAGCGGCGGGCGCCGGGCCCCCAGGCACGACAGCGGGCAUCGGGUCACCAGGCAUCAGCGCGGGCAUCGGGUCACCAGGCAUGACCGCGGGCACUGGGUCAUCAGGCAUUGGAUCGUCUGGCUCGACAGCGGGCAUCGGGUCACCAGGCAUGACAGCAGGCACCGGGUCAUCAGGCAUUGGAUUGUCUGGC